CCUUAGAGAACCGGUUCCAGACGAAUAAGUUCGCAGUCUAGGGAACCGAUUCUGGUUCGCUAGCCACUGCCUUAAAAAAGAUUGUUUGUUUCCGGUAUCCCGACCUACCUUAAUUUUUUGGCCCAACCCUAAAUCUUUUAAUGGCCUUGGAGAAUACUUUUUUCAACUUUUUAACAAAAAUUUGCAAAACUGCACUUUCUAUGCUUUAAACAUGGCCAGUGAUGUUAGAAAUCAACUUACUGAUGCUCUAAAGACAUAACCCCCUUAUUUGUAAUCAUUCAGCACUGCAUGGGAUCUGCACACUCAGACCAACAUCGACCGACUUGAGGCUGUCCAGCAAUGCACAGCACGCUUCAUAAAGGAUGACUUUCGCACUACCAGUAGCACAAGUCAGAUGAUUGCAGAUAUCGGUUGGCAACCCCUUCUCAAUCGCGCUCCAAUGCCAAGCUGGUCAUGAUGUACAGAAUCGUCCACUGCCUCAUCGAUAUCACACCACCAGUGAGGUUUUUCAAUCCUACCUCGAUCAACACCCGUGGCCACUCCAUGAAAUUCUUUCUUCCGUUUUGUGGCAAAGAUGCCCUGUACUACUCCUUCUUCCCCUCCGCCUCCAGACUAUGGAACCAUGCAGCUCCCAGAAGAAGCCAUCAUGUCUGACAGCGUCAACACCUUCAAGAGGAGCCUGGAGACAGGGUCCCACUAGUCCAGCACGUCGUUUUUAUCUGCUUUUAAUUCUGCACUGUAAAUAUUUGAGCGCCGCACACACUACCUUGUACAUACACCACUGUACAACGUUGCCCCAGAGUGGGACCUGUACACAAAUGGAAGAAGAAGAAGAUUUUUUGACACAAAAAUAAUUUCCGAAAAACCGGAAACAAAGAAUUUUUUUAGGCCUAAUUCAGAUUCAAGUAUAACACCAUUUUUACAAUUUCGCGAAUAUUAAACCUCGCGAACAUACUCAAAAUUUCAAAUUCGUGAAAUUUUGACGCACAAAAAUAUGUGCUUUUACAGUAAUCUCAUUAUGGCUCACCCUUUUUAUCUUAAGCACUUAAAAGUAGUCUAGACAGAUUUAUUAAAAUCGAUAAAUGGUAGAGAUACAUGUAUAUAUCUAAUGUAACAUCCAUUAUCUUUACAUCCCACUUAAAUGUAUCUCUAGUAAGAAUUGGAAUUUUGUUUGUUUGUUAUGCCCCCGAAGGGAGGCAUAUUAGUUUUCAACUGUCUGUCCGUUCGUUUGUUCGUUAGUUCGUUAGUCACAACGUUAACUUUUUGCAUGAAGGCACUUUACCUGCGAACCACUGCACCCAGGACCUUCAAACUUCACAUGCUGAUAGUACUUAUUGCGUAUACCACCCCUACUGACUUUGGGAUCACCAGGUCAAAGGUCAAGGUCACAGGGACCAACGUUAACUUUUUGCAUGAAGGCACUUUACUCGCGAAUCAUUGCAACCAGGACCUUCAAACUUCACCUGCUGAUAGUACUUAUUGAGUACACCACGCCUUAUGACUUUGGGGUCACCAGGUCGAAGGUCAAGGUCACAGGGGCCAACAUUAACUUUUUGCAUGAAGGCACUUUACUCGCGAAUCAUUGCAACCAGGACCUUCAAACUUCACCUGCUGAUAGUACUUAUUGAGUACACCACGCCUUAUGACUUUGGGGUCACCAGGUCGAAGGUCAAGGUCACAGGGGCCAACAUUAACUUUUUGCAUGAAGGCACUUUACUCGCGAACCACUGCACCCAGGACCUUCAAACUUCACAUGCUGAUCGUACUUAUUGAGUACACCACCCCUACUGACUUUGGGGUCACCAGGUCAAAGGUCAAGGUCACAGGGGCCAACAUUAGCUUUUUGCAUGAAGGCACUUCACUCGGGAACCACUGCACCCAGGGCUUUCAAACUUCACAUGCUGAUAGUACUUAUUGAGUACACCACUCCUACUGACUAUGGGGUCACCAGGUCAAAGGUCAAGGUCACAGGGGCCAACAUUAGCCUUUUGCAUGAAGGCACUUUACUCGCGAACCACUUCGCCCAGGACCUUCAAACUUUACAUGCUGAUAGUACUUUAUGAGUACACCAACCCUACUGACAUUGGGGUCACUAGGUCAAAGGUCAAGGUCAAAGGGGCUUACGUUAACUUUUUGCAUGAAGGCACUUUACAUGCGAACCACUUCACCCAGGGCCUUCAAACUUCAAAUGCUGAUAGUACUUAUUGAGUACACCACCCCUUCUGACUUUGGGGUCACCAGGUCAAAGAUCAAGGUGCUGUGGGGGCAUUUGUCACCAUUAGAGACAGUUCUUGUUGGGAUUUAUUUUUAUACGCCCAAAGGGAUGUGUUAUGUUAUGACGACGGUAUCUGUCCGUCCGUCUGUUAGCAAUUUUGUGUCCACUCUGUAACUCUUGAACCCCUUGAAGGAUAUCAAAGAAACUUGACACAAGUGUUCACCACAGCGAGGCAACUUGCAGAGAGCAUGACUGUUUUGGAUGGCUCACUUUAAGUCACACUUUGUUUGUGUCCGCUCUGUAACUCUUGAACUGCUUGAAGGAUUUUAAAGAAACUUUGCACAAAUGUUCACCACAUCGAGACAACGUGCAGAGCGCAUGUUUUGGAUGGCUCGCUUUAAGGUCAAGGUCACACUUAGGGGAACAAAGUUCAUACCUUUGGGCGUAUAUUGCUCCACAUUGUGGUGCUCUUGUUUUGGAUUGGGACUAUAUAUACCAUGAAAUCCAUGAAAAUUUAGAUCCCCACGAAUACUAAUUAUUUCACAUUACUUUUGUCAAAAUAUAAAAGAUUAUCUUGAGUUUGUUUGCAGGUUAACUGUGCUCAUGGAUCAGGAGACUUUGGACGAGUUUGGUCGAUGUUUGGACAUUAGAUACAAGGUUCUGGACAAUCUGACAGAUGGGAAGAAAACAUACCGAGCCCAAAUAGUACUCACAAAUAAGAGUGAGAGGACACUGAAGUAUGGAGAUUGGGCUAUCUACUUCUGCCAUAUCAGAAUGAUUGAACCCGGUCACCUGCCGCAUUCCACUACAUAUGAGAUACACGAUACAGGAAUGAGAUUUACACAUGUGAACGGAUGCCUGUUCAAGCUUUCUCCAACAAAAAAGUUCCAAAAGAUGGAAAAAGGUGAUACACUGAAAAUAAAAUUCAAAGCGCAGUAUUUCUCUGUAGCACGAAGCGAUUUGAUGCCAAACUGGUACUUACUAUUUCCAAAACUUCGGCCAGUGUUGAUUCAAAGUACGGUUGGAGAAGAAAUGAGUUUUGUUGAGCCGUUUGACAAUCCUGACUCCUGGAAAAGAUUUGAUUAUGAAUUGACUGAUGGUUCAUCAAGAUACGACCAUUAUAACCCAUACAAUCUGCAGGAACGAUUCGAUCGACAAUGUUGCGCCAAUGUAGGACCAAUUAAAACAUCUGUAAUUCCGACACCAGUAAAAAUGUCAGUAAAUGAGGAAAUUCAGAUUUGUCUAAGUCCAGAUGAAUGGGUUGUAUGUGCUGAAGAAUCCCUGAAUAAGGAGGCAAAGUUUCUCUCAGAAAAGCUCAACAUUCCAGUAAAUAAUUCCCAAGAAGUACCCCACAAGAUAACAUUACAGUUAUCUUCAACUCUGAAAAUACAGGACAAAGCAGCGGGUGACGAAUCGUAUAAACUAACUGUCAAAGCUGAUACUGACAUCACUGUAACAGCUGUCAACAGAGCUGGUAUAUUCUAUGGCAUUCAGACUUUGUUAAGUCUUGUACAAAGCAAUAAAGUUCCUGAUUGCGAUAUUGAAGAUUUCCCACGGUAUCCAUACAGAGGUAUGCAUAUGGAUGUUUCACGGAAUUUCCACGGGAAAGAACAGAUUUUGAAACUGCUGGAUGUAAUGGCCAUGUACAAAAUGAACAAGUUUCAUUUCCAUCUGACGGAUGAUGAGGGGUGGCGAUUAGAAAUUCCAGGACUGGAGGAGCUUACUCAGGUUGGAGCGAGACGUGGACAUGUGAACAAGACAGAUUUAUCAUCAUUACUACCUCUACUUGGAUCAGGACCAGGAUUUGAUACCUCAGGCUCUGGGUAUUAUUCCGUUGAAGAAUAUCGCGAAAUACUGCGCUAUGCCAAACUGCGACACAUUGAAGUGAUUCCAGAGAUUGAUAUGCCGGGACACAGUCAUGCUGCCAUCAGGUCGAUGAAAGCCAGGCACCAGAAAUACAUGGCAGAAAAAGCUAGGGAAAAGGCUGAAGAAUACUUAUUGUCCGAUUUAGAUCACGAUACUUCAUGUGGGUCACAUUCCGUACAGAUGUAUUCAGAAAAUGCAAUGAAUCCUGGGAUGGAAUCAACAUACAAAUUUGUGAAAAAGGUUGUUACAGAAGUGAAAAAAAUGCAUGAAGACAUUAUGCCAUUACAAACAUUUCAUUUUGGUGGAGAUGAGGUGCCAUAUGAAGCGUGGGAAGGAUCGCCGGCAUGCAUGAGUCUAAUAGACUCGGAAGAAGUGAAGUCGUCAGAAGAUUUGAUGGAGUAUUUUGUUUCAAGAGUUGCAGAUAUUGUAGCCAAAUGUGAUCUAGAUGUCGGAGCUUGGCAAGAUGGUAUUUUUCCUGAUGAAACUGAUCUGGUGCCUAUAGCUAGACAUAAAUUCAAGAGUAAAAACGUGUAUGUGUAUGCCUGGCAGAAUGUCUGGGAGUCUGGCCUGUCUGGAUGUGCCUAUAGACUAGCUAACAGUGGAUACAAGGUGGUGAUGUCACAGGGGACACAUCUUUACUUUGACCAUCCGUAUGAGCCCGAUCCUGAGGAGAGGGGUCUGUACUGGGCGUGCAGAUUCUGUGAUGCCCGUAAAACCUUCACCUUUAUGCCAGACAACAUUUACGCAAACGUUGAUGUGAAACUGACAGGGGAGCAGCUAUCAAAAGACUACAUCAGAAAACAUAAAGAGGACCAUGAUGAUCUCAAAAAACCUGAAAAUGUAACAGGUAUCCAAGCUCAAUUAUGGACAGAAUUAGUGCGUACAUGGGACCAAAUGGACUCUAUGAUAUUUCCUCGCCUUUUGUGUGUUGCGGAGAGAGCUUGGCAUAAAUCUGAUUGGGAACUGGAACCAGACAAAGAAAAGAUUGCUGAACGGCAGUUCGAGGAAUGGUCAAGUUUUGCUCACAAGUUAGGAAGUAAGGAGUUGGCAAGGUUGGACAAAAUGGGUGUGGCAUACCAUCUACCCCCACCUGGAGCACACUGCCUGGUAGAAGAAUGCAAACUGGAGUUUAACAGUGCCUACCCUGGUCUCCCUAUAUUCUACAGUACAGACAAGGGAGAGACGUGGACUCGUUAUACAACCAAGAUUGAUACUAUACCUGAUAAAGAUGUCUACCUCUGUACAAAAUCUGUUGAUGAGAAGAGGACAAGUCGCACUGUGAUCAUGGAGAAACCAAGAAAAGAUUAAGAACAGCUAAACGAACCACGUCGCAAAAAAAAGGUCCCUUAUAUCAGUCUAAUAAUCGAAUCUGCAUGAAGAUGAAAUCACCGUUCAUGAUCUUUUAACAUGUGUAAAAGAAUGCAUUGUUAUGAGAAUAAGGCAUUACAUUGAAACGAAAGACAUAGUUUCCACGUAUAAUAUUACAUCAUCUUACUGUGAAGUACUGAUUCAGCCGAUAUGGUUUUGGUUCUGUACCAAUUUAUUUUAUAUAAACUGUAAGCCUGAUUAGCUCAGUGUGUGUACAUUGGGCAAUAUCCACGAUGGUUUUCUUUGUGCUAAUAUUCUUGCAAAUUCAAAAUAUUUGUGAAAAUUAAGAAUUCCCAAAACGUUCGUGUGUACGAGGACAUGAAGCAGACUAAUAUUUAUAGGUUAUUAGCGUUGUAUCUAGAAAUAUGCAGGACUUUAGAAACGCAAUAUUCUUCCGCUAAAGAACAAGUGCAUAUUUCUCGAUGUAAAGCUAAUAAUCUUAUUACAUACGUAUUUACACAGACAAAUAUUUUAUAGAUAUUAAUUUGUUCAAUAGCCUGAAUAAAACUGGCAAUACCGACACUAAUAAAAGAAAUUACAGUGCAUUCGCGAUGCUACGAAUCGCAAUUUAACGAAAUACCGGUAUACUACUAAAAGGUGUUGUGGUCCCGGCUGCUUUCCUUCUUAUUUCUUUGUAACAAUAACGCAGUUUUAUGAAAAUGCAAUUUUACGAAAAAUGUGCUCCUACGAAUGUAUUGUUAUACCCUUAAAGCCUGUUUUCAACUUGUUUUAGUUGCGAUUUUACGAAUACCUGUAUCGUCUAAGUUUUCACACCUUCCAUGAUGGCGUGAAAAGCCUUUAGAAUGUGAAGUGUCACUAUCAUUUAGCUUGGCGUAUACAGUAUUUAAAGUGUGAAAACCAAGUAAUUAAAUUCCGAACACUAUGACACAAGUUAGUGGUUAAUUUUUAGCUCACCUGAGCACAAAGUGCUCAAAGGUGAGCUUUAGUGAUCACCCUGUGUCCGGCGUCCGUCGUCGUCCGUCGUCCGUCCGUCCGUCCGUCGUCAACAAUUUGACUGUUAACACUCUAGAGGUCACAUUUUUGGCCCAAUCUUAAUGAAACUUGGUCAGAAUGUUACCCUCCAUAAAAUCUUGGACGAGUUCGAUAUUGGGUCAUCUGGGUUCAAAAACUAGGUCACCAGGUCAUAUCAAAGGAAAAGCUUGUUAACACUCUAGAGGUCACAAUUUUGACCCAAUCUUAAUGAAACUUGGCCAGAAUGUUACCCUCCAUAAAGUCUUGGACGAGUUCGAUAUUCGGUCAUCUGGGGUCAAAAACUAGGUCACCAGGUCAAAUCAAAGGAAAAGCUUGUUAACACUCUAGAGGUCACAUUUUUGGCCCAUUCUUAAUGAAACUUGGUCAGAAUGUUACCCUCCAUAAAAUCUUGGAUGAGUUCGAUACUGGGUCAUCUGGGGUCAAAAACUAGGUCACCAGGUCAAAUCAAAGGAAAAGCUUGUUAACACUGUAGAGGCCGCAUUUAUGACUAUAUCUUCAUGAAACUUGGUCAGAAUGUUAAUAUUGAUGAUCUUAAGGUUCAGUUUGAAUCUGGGUCAUGUAGGAUUAAAAACUAGGUCACCUGGUCAAAUCAAAGGAAAAGCUAGUUAACACUGUAGAGGCCACAUUUAUGACCAUAUCUUAAAGAAACUUGGUCAGAAUGUUUAUCUUGAUGCUCUUUAGGUCAAAUUUAAACCUUGGUCAGCUUCGGUCAAAAACUAGGUCACUAGGUUAAAUCAAAGGAAAAGCUUGUUAACACUGUAGAGGCCACAUUUAUGACUAUAUCUUCAUGAAACUUAGUCAGAAUAUUAAACUUGAUGAUCUUUAGGUCAGGUUUGAAUCUGGGUCAUGUUGAGUUAAGAAUUAGGUCAUGGGGGCAAAUCAAAGGAAAAGCUUGUUAACACUCUAGAGGCCACAUUUAUGACUGUAACUUCAUGAAACUUAGAAUGUUAAACUUGAUGAUCUUUAGGUCAAGUUCAAAUCUGGGUCAUGUUGGGUCAAAAACUAGGUCACGGGGUCAAAUCAAAAGAAAAGCUAGUUAACACUGUAGAGGCCACAUUUAUGAACAUAUCUUGAUGAAACUUGGUCAGAAUGUUAAUCUUGAUGAUCUUUAGGUCAGUAGGUCAGGUGAGCGAUACAGGGCCUUCAUGGCCCUCUUGUUUCUCUAUCAGAUUGGAUGGCAUAUCAGUCACACUUGCUUCGAUAUCUAUUCGUCUCAAACAAUCACUGCAUAAAGAAAAUAAAAAAUAUUUAAGUCCUGAUUGUCUGUAUAUUGUCGGUUUAUUAUUCCGAAACAGUAAUGGGUAACUGAGGGUAUCGGAGUAUGCAACUGCGACUUUUGUUCUCGUGCAACAAUGUACCCUGUAUAUGUUUUAUGCAGUGAAUAAAAAGUGAAGAAAAAAAACAAGCUGUUUUACAUUCUAGAUACAUUCUGAGUUCAGAUUCGAACAAGAUUUGUAGUAAACCCAGAUGUACAUAUAAAAUUGGUAUACAUUUACUUCGCUAUGAAAAUCGCAUGUUCAGAUAUCACGGGUACGACGUGUAGAUAUUAAGAUGCUAUAUACCGAAAUUUCCUACACUACGCUCGAACGAAAAUGCAAUAUUACGAAAAAAGCGAUCGGUCCCUUAGCUUUUCGUAGGAUCGCGAUUGUACUGUAUCUCAACGACACAUGUUGAAAUGACAUCACACACCCAGUAUGAAAUUCAGACGUCAGUAUGGAAAAAUAUUGAUGUUUCCAGUUCCACUGUAACUUCAAAGAGAGUAAAUACGAGUAUGUAAAAAUCACAAAUAUUUUGAAUUCAUGAGAGGCUUUAUUUGCGAAUAUUUAUUAUUAGCAAAAAUAAACCGUCCAGAAUAUUUCCCAGUCUACAGUAGAAAGUGAAAACAAGGUGAUUCAGUGAGUUCUAAAAAAUGUGAUGACAUGCAUGUUAUAUUUUUUGGUCCAUUUACAGGCCAGGAAAAGAUAUGCUAUAUUAUUAUUUCAUGUACUUUAUCAGCCAGGAAGUAUUCUAUUCUAAUCAAACCAUUACUACUUCAUUUUUUUUAUUAUUUUUUGGUUCCUUUGUAUGUUAGUAUGUUAUACAUCUGGCUUCUAGGUUAUAAAACCAGCUCACUGAAUGCAAGCUUGCCAUUGGACAUUUCCCCGAUUGUGUUCAGAAACAACCAAUCAGAGGGCUGAUGUUUAGCUUGAGAUUCAAAGAUUUCUGCAGGGGCCAAAAUAUUUUCACUUUGUAUAUUCAGUACAUUUUUCACCAGUAAACAUUUUUUUCAUGGAACAUUACAUUAUACUCCAAUAAAUUUCUUUAUAUUUUUGUUAUACUAUAUACAUAUUUAACUAAUUAGAAUGUAGAACAUGUUAUUAUAUUGAUUCCCUGGUAUCAGAUAUGUGAAAUAUACCAAUGAAUUAUUCACAUUUUCACAUGCAAUGUCUUUACUGACUGUUAAAAUUCAAUUUUCCAUUAGAAUCAGUUGAUUGAUAUGUUGUAAGUCAUUAUUUUGAAGAUUUUUAGCUUAAGUUUUGAUGCCUGAUAAUGUGCUAUGACAUCAAAGUGUGAUUGACUGAUUUAUUUAUGUCCUUAAACACAGUAUGUGAGUAAAUUAUUUUGCAUGUUAUGUCUGAACUUGAAUUUACAAUUUGUAUUAGUUGAUGAUUUAUUAGAGAGGUGGAUAUUUCUUACAUGUACACAUACCCAUCAGAUUUCCUUCUUUAUUUCAAGGACCUGAAGUGUCCUAAAAAAUUACAAGCUAUUCACUUAUACAGGUUCGUUAUGUACCUUUAACCCUUAUCAUGCUGGACAUGAUUGAUUCUGCCUUUGCGACCAGUGCAGAUGGUGAUCAGCCUGCACAUCUGUGCAGUCUGAUCAAGAUCUGCACUUUUCGCCAUUCAGACAGUAUCUUUUUGGUAAGCACCCCAUUUAAAUGUGAAUGGUACUGUCCAGAUUUCAUUGCAGAAAAUUAGCAGGGUAAGGGUUAAAGACAAACUUACCCACGAUUACCUCUAGUAAGCAAUUCCAGAAGAGUUAUCAAAUGCUUAUUGCUAUGUACUAGUAUAGGGAUUUACUACACAUAUACUUACACAUACAUUGUACAUGUAUGAAAUGACAGCCUCUAUUGUCUAAAGCAAAAUGUAUUGCUCUUCACAUGAAUUCAAAUAAAUUCUAUAAUUCAG